AUGCUUCCCACACCAGAUACUUCUCACGUCCCAUAUGAGCGGGUCUACGAACCAGCUGAAGACUCGUAUCUCCUUUUAGACACACUCUCGUCCGCUUCUGAGACCGAGUAUCUACAUAAUGCCUUCCCAGAUGCUGCGCCUUUAGUGGUGGAGGUCGGUACAGGCUCAGGGGUUGUCCUCGCCUUUGUGCAUGCGCAUGCACAAAAGCUCUUUGGCACACGCCAGGUCCUCACAGCUGGAGUUGACAUGAAUGCGUUUGCAUGCCGCGCGACUGUCGGGACUGUAGCAAAGGCAGAGUCUGACAAUCCUGAUACUCAUGCCUCGUACUUGGGCUCGUGUAUGGGAGAUCUCACAACCUCGUUGUGUGAGGGCGCCAUUGAUGUCCUCAUCUUCAACCCCCCAUAUGUGCCAACACCUGAGAUGCCCGCCAGGCCAGACACGUUUGUUGCAGACGACUUGGGAGUUACCGCAAAGACCUCAUUUGAUGACGACUCAUACCUCCUGGCUUUGUCAUACGCAGGCGGUGUCGACGGCAUGGAGACAACAGACAGGCUGAUUGAGGCAUUGCCACGAACUCUAUCCCGUCGUGGUUGUGCCUAUCUCCUCUUAUGCGCACAAAACAAGCCUGACCAAGUCAAGAGUCGGAUCGAGGCAUUUGGACCUGGAUGGCGGGCUCAAACUGUUGGCACAAGUGGCAAGCAGGCCGGAUGGGAGAAGCUGCAGAUCGUGCGGAUAUGGCGAGACUAUGUGAGUGCUGCGGAAUAA